CAGACGAGUUGAGCGAUAUUGAAAUAACCGGUAGUGCUUGCUUUCACACUGCCUGUUCUGAACCUGUUCACUUUCUGGCCCACACAGUAUCGGAUAAAAAAUAUAUUAGAGUAAAAUUAUGAUGCAAGCUACCUUUUGGAAUUUGGUGACUACCUCGAUCAGGCCAACAUGUGUCAAGCGUGUUGUACCUGGCUUGACAGCUGCACAACAACGUAUGUACUCCAGCACCAUAGAUGCAGACCUUGUAGUAAUCGGAGGUGGACCUGGUGGUUACGUAGCAUCGAUUAAAGCUGCACAGUUGGGAAUGAAAACUGUUUGCGUGGAGAAAGAUGAAACACUGGGUGGCACUUGUCUUAAUGUUGGAUGCAUUCCUUCAAAGUCUUUAUUAAACAACUCCCAUUAUUAUCAUAUGGUACAUAGCGGAGACUUAAAAAACCGUGGUGUUCUGGUUGAUAAUCUUAGGCUAGAUCUUGACAAGCUGAUGGAACAAAAACGCAACGUAGUAAAGGCUUUAACGGGUGGUAUUGCCGGAUUAUUUAAAAAGAACAAAGUUGAAUGGGUUAAGGGUCAUGGCAAAAUUACUGGUCCAAAUCAAGUAACCGCGCUUAAACCUGAUGGUUCAGCUGCAAGCACGAUUAACACUAAAAACAUUAUAAUUGCAACGGGCAGUGAAGUCACACCAUUUCCUGGCAUAGAGUUAGAUGAACAACAGUUUGUCUCUUCGACUGGUGCUUUAUCCUUAAGCCAAGUGCCUAAAAGACUCGUUGUCAUUGGUGCUGGAGUUAUUGGAUUGGAAUUAGGUUCAGUUUGGCAAAGGUUGGGUUCACAAGUAACGACAGUUGAAUUCACUCCAACGAUCGGUGGGGUAGGAAUCGACGGUGAAGUUAGUCAAUCGUUACAAAAAAUUUUAAGUAAACAGGGCUUAAGUUUUAAAUUAGGAACUAAAGUUACCGGUGCAAAAAAAACAGGCAGUGAAAUAGUGGUAUCCGUUGAGGAUGCAAAAGAUCCUAGUAAAAAGGAGGAUAUGGCGUGUGAUGUACUUUUAGUUUGCGUUGGUAGGAGGCCAUACACAGCAAAUUUAGGACUGGAAGAUAUGGGAAUCGAAAGGGAUGAGAAGGGCAGGAUACCUGUAAAUAACAGAUUCCAAACAGUGGUACCUUCAAUUUAUGCUAUUGGAGAUUGCAUUCACGGGCCGAUGUUAGCUCACAAGGCAGAGGAAGAAGGUAUCAUAACGGUUGAAGGCAUCGCUGGAGGUGCUGUACAUAUCGAUUACAAUUGCGUACCCAGUGUAAUAUACACGCAUCCCGAAGUUGGCUGGGUGGGCAAAACGGAAGAGGACUUAAAGAGGGAAGGCAUCGCGUAUAAAGUAGGAAAAUUCCCGUAUCUGGCCAAUUCUAGAGCAAAAACAAACCUUGAGACGGAAGGUUUCGUUAAAGUUUUAGCCGACAGUAGUACAGAUAGAGUAUUGGGAGUACACAUGAUUGGUUCAGUGGCUGGUGAACUUAUUAACGAAGCAGUUCUCGCCAUGGAAUACGGAGCAAGUGCGGAAGACGUUGCUAGGACAUGUCACGCACAUCCGACAUGUGCCGAAGCUCUGAAGGAAGCUCAUCUAGCUGCAUAUUUUGGAAAGCCCAUUAACUUUUAAAUAUCAUUAAUAUAUAAAGUAAAGAACGGUGCACACUUGACGUCGUAGCUUCGAUCUAGUCUACGUUCCAAGUCCACCAUUACGCUACGAAUUUAGCGUAUAGGUUUCAUCAUCGCUUAAUCAUAUAAGAAAGAAAAGUUGUACAUAAAAGUAAAAAGAAUUUGCGAAAGUCUCACAUCU